AUGGCGAACGAACGAAUACUUUCCGUGUUAUUAGUAGUUUUAGUGGUCCUGGCUCUUUGUGUCCACGCCCAAAAGCAGGAGGGUGGUAAGCGUCAAAAGGGACAAAAACAACAGCAACAACAACGUAUAGAGCAAACGCCGAUUCUACAACCUAAUAGACCAACAAAGGUCCGAAAAAACAGUUAUGUGACCAAAGACAUUCCGGGACUGGGACGAGUCCGCGGUCGUACAUUUAAAACUGAAUGGUCAGGCAAAUCCAUAAUGCAAUUUCUCGAUAUCCCAUACGCAAAAGCUCCUGUUGGUACACUCCGUUUUAAGCCUCCAGUGCCGGCAGAGCCAUGGCAGGGAGUUUUAAAUGCUCAUAAAUCACACGUUGGCUGUCCUUCUUUGCAAAACUUGUACAAUUUGGAUAUUUGGCGAAAGAAGAAAAUUGAUUUCGAAGACUGUCUGCGAUUGAGUAUCAGCUCAAAAUUUCUCAGUGAUAAGUCACCCGUCAUGGUUUACAUUCAUGGUGACUUCCUUUAUGACGGCAGCAGCGGUCAAGCUACUCCUGGCUAUUUGCUGGAAGAAGAUGUUGUAUUGGUCUCGAUUCGCUAUCGCUUGGGUCCAUUUGGAUUUUUGUCUACAAUGAGUGACGAAAUUCCCGGAAAUGCGGCGGUGCACGAUGCAAUUUUAGCUCUUAAGUGGAUUCAGAAUCACAUUUCAGCUUUCGGUGGCGAUCCCACACGUGUUACGCUUUUUGGCCAAGUGGGUGGAUCAGCACUGAUCAAUGUGUUGACUAUGAGUCCCGUUGUUCCGGAUGGUCUAUUUCAUCGAGUUAUUUAUCAAUCUGGUUCGGCUUUAACACCCGCCUUCAUCACCGAUAAUCCACUGCCGGCGGCCAAAGAUAUAGCAGAGUACGCCGGAUGCAAAAAACUGAACAAAGUAGAUGCACUUAAUAAGUGUUUGCGAAAACUGAAUACCACAACGUUAUUGACCGCAUUCAGUGCGCAUGGUGACGCUAAUGCCCAUUUGGGAAUCGGUAGUUACGGAGGGGUGCAAAUUGUUAUCGGUGGUCCGUCGGGCAUACUACCAAAGCAUCCAGGGGAACUAUUAGCGUCACAAGACUUCAAGGCCUACCCCACGCUUGGUGGCAGUGUCAAAAAUGCAGGCACUUUUUUGCUAAAAGACAUCUAUAUCGAUAAUUUUAAUGAGACAAUUAUUGAUGAUAAACUCGACGGCAUUGGCUACAUUGACCACAUAAUAGCCCAGAGUAAUGGAGCUGAUCCAACAGGUGCUUGGAAGAAAUUUGCUAUCGAAGAAAUAUUCACUCCUGGAGAGAUAAAGAACGGCUCAUUCUAUACGCUCGUUCCAGGACUGAUUGAUAUGUGCAGCACCAUACCGUUUAAGAAUCCUGUUUUACUGACGUUACAAGCUAAUGCAAAGAAACUUGCGAACAGGACAUAUCUGUAUUCAUUCGAUUAUGAUGGCGAGCUUAAUCGUUAUUCUAAUAGCGCAGAAGCAUACGAAUUGACGCCUUUUGAACUUGGAGUGUCCCUUACCGAUGAUAAUUUAUAUCUUUUCCCUUGGCCGCGACAUAGUCAUCUAAAUCUAAAUCGUGACAUUAAAAUUGCGAAGCGUAUGGUUGCCUACUGGACUUCAUUUGCAGCCAAUGGAGUGCCAAUGGCCCCGAAUACACCGGCUUGGCCGGCUAUGACAGAAGAAACGGGUCCCUACUUAAAAAUUGGCAAAACUGUAACAAUUGGAUAUAAUUAUCUUAAAGAAUAUACAAUCGCCGUUAAAGAGGCACGAUUGGGAUACAACCUUGUAAAUGAAGAAUUCUUUGAUAGUUUAGUAGAUAUUACUGAGACUGCAAAAGAAGUGACGGAUGAAGAGGAUGACCAAGAAGAUGAAUAUGAUACAAGUGAGGCAAACGAAAGAAAAUUUGACUUUGUACUUGUCGCAAAGAAAGGUGCUGUCUAAGUUAAAAAGUAGUGAGAAUGUAUAAACACAUGUACAUACUCGU